UAUGCAAAAAAGGAAUCUGAUCUUAAUGGAGCCCAAGUCAAACUUAGAGAGUUCGAAGCAGCCCUCGGUUCUAAAGAAGCUGCACUGGCCACAGCCCUUGGUGAUAAGAAAAGUCUGGAGGGAGAAGUUGAGGAUUUAAAAGAUCAGAUUGUACAGCUUGAAGUUUCUUUAGCUGCUGCCAAGGAACAGCUUGCAAAUGAAACCUUACUGAAGGUGGAUCUUGAAAACCGUUGUCAGAGUCUCAUUGAGGACUUGGAAUUCCGUAAAAAUAUGUAUGAGGAGGAGAUCAAUGAAACAAGAAGGAAACAUGAAACUCGCUUAGUUGAGGUUGAUUCUGGGCGUCAAAUUGAAUAUGAACGUAAACUGACCCAAGCCCUUAUGGAAAUAAGACAGCAGCAUGAUGCACAAGUGAAGCUGUACAAAGAUGAACUUGAACAGACUUACUGUACAAAACUUGAGAAUGCUAGACUGUCCUCUGAAAUGAGUAAUUCUGCAGCCAACUUGGUAAGAGAAGAACUGAAUGAAAGCCGCGUACGAAUUGAUAAUCUGUCUUCCCAUCUCGCCAGCAUUCAGAAAGAGUCUAGAGCAUGGCAAGAUAGAGUGAAAGAGCUUGAAGAGAGCUUGGCCAAGGAACGGGAAAACUGUCGCAAAAUGCUGUCUGAGAAAGAGAAGGAAGUGGCAGAGAUAAGAGAUCAGAUGCAGGAGCAGCUGAGUGACUACGAACAACUUCUGGAUGUUAAACUGGCACUUGAUAUGGAAAUCAAUGCAUACCGGAAAUUGCUGGAGGGUGAAGAGGAGAGGUUGAAACUUUCUCCAAGCCCAUCUUCCCGAGUGACAGUUUCACGGGCUUCCUCGAGCCGUAGUGUGCGUACAACCAGAGGGAAGAGGAAGAGGAUUGAUGUGGAGGAAUCUGAAGCCAGCAGCAGUGUUAGCAUUUCCCACUCGGCUUCUGCCACUGGCAGUGUCUCUAUUGAGGAGAUAGAUGUUGAUGGAAAAUUCAUCCGCUUAAAGAACACCUCUGACCAGGAUCAACCUAUGGGAGGUUGGGAGAUGAUCCGAAAAAUAGGAGACACUUCUGCUAGUUACAGAUAUACCUCAAGAUACAUACUAAAGGCAGGCCAAACUGUUACAAUCUGGGCUGCAAAUGCUGGAGUAGCUGCUAGCCCUCCCACUGACCUCAUCUGGAAGAAUCAGAAUUCUUGGGGCACUGGUAAAGAUGUGAAAGUUGUACUGAAAAACUCUCAGGGAGAGGAGGUUGCUCAGAGAAGCACUGUGUUUAAAACAACUAUAUGUGAAGGGGAAGAGGAGGAAGGUGAAGAAGCAGCAGCUGAAGCUGUGGAGGAAGAAGACCUUUACUGCCAGCAGGGAGGCCCAAGGACAUCUACCAGAAACUGUGUGAUCAUGUAA